AUGCAUUUGGAAAGCAUUGAGGUAGAAGGAUUCAAAAGUUAUGGAACAAGAACGGUGAUAAGUCCCAUGGACAAGUCAUUUACAGCAAUAACCGGGUUAAAUGGAACAGGAAAAAGCAAUAUUCUUGAUGCCAUUUGCUUUGUGCUUGGUGUAGAUACUCCUCGUCUUUUAAGGAGCAGCAGUAUGAAAGAUUUGAUAUUCAAACAGUCAAAGACCACGAGCGGGUCAGCAAAGGUUUCCUUGGUCUUCAACAAUAAAGAGAAAGAGCGGGGCCCAAUAGGAUAUACAGAGGUUGACACAAUAAAGUUAACCAGAGUAAUAACAGAGGACGGGAAGACAAAAUAUCUUCUUAAUGAUCACAAUGUAAGUACCAAGACGGUUACUCGUCUGCUGCAGUGUGUGGGUCUAUCUUCUAGCAAGGCUGGGUAUACCCCAGGCGGCGGCAGAGUAGAAAAGCAGGCGCCGUACUUUAUAGUCAUGCAGGGCCGGGUCAGUCGAAUAUUGUCAAUGAAAAGCACGCAAUUUCUGACGCUUUUAGAAGAGUGUUCUGGUACAAGUGUGUACAGGACAGAAAAGUACAAGGCGUACAGCACUCUAGAAAAGAAGCAAAAAAAGCUUCUGGAAACAAAAGACACACUCUCUAAAACAAUAUUUCCAUUUUUAGAAAGAUUGAGAAAGGAGAGAGAUGAUUACUAUGCACACAAGGAGGCAGCAGAGAAGAAACUAGCGCUUGAAGCCGCGCUUGUUAAGUGCAAGAGCUCUCUGGAGUAUAAAGAGGCUGAAGAGGCAAUUGAAGAAAGAGAAGGAAUCCAGAGGCGCUUGUAUGAAAUAGAAAAAGAAAUAGAAGAGAAAACCAGAGAAAUUGUAGAUGUGGAUGUAGUAGAUGUGGACAUAGCUGGCAUUCAGGAAAGAAUAGACAGCAGAAAUAGGGAGAUGGCCAAAUUAAUGAUAGACGUUGAGGAAGAAGAGGCCCAGGCUGCACAGAAGUUGAUCAACAAGAAAGAGAAAGAAAUAGAAAGAAUACUCGCAGCUUAUGAAGAAAUAGUAAAGAGUAUGCAGGUACAUGAAGAAGAUGAUCAGAGGGAAAACACUAUAGAGGAAAAGUCGGUAUUAGGAACAGAAAAGUCCAAGUCCAAUACAGCAGAUAGCGAUGAUAAGAAGGCUGAAAUAGAGCGAACACUUACUAGGCUAGAGGCAAAAGAAAGUGCACUAAUGCAGGCAGAUCGACAGAGAGAUAGUCUGUCAAAAGAGAGGAAACGAGAAGGGCUCAGCACACAGCUAGAUGAUAUCUCUAAAGAUCUCUUAAGAGUGCAAGAGAAGUGCGAGUUGGUUAAGCGACAGGGCAUGUCAGAAGAAAGGGCUAGAGCCAAUAUUGAAGCGCAUAAAAAGCAUCCUGGAAGAUCUCUUGAUGAAAUAAGAAGAGAAAUUGAUCGGAUGAAAAGAGAGCUGGGCUAUCCUGUGCGAGACGGUGUUUAUGGGAAAGUAAAAGAAUUAAUUGAGAUAAUUGACGUGCGGCAUGAGGUCAGUGUGGGUGUGGUUCUGGGCGCGCGGAAGGAAUACUUGGUUGUUGAGAACGAGGCAGUUGGAAAGAGCGUAAUUGAAGAGGUUUCCAGAGAAGGCAGACGGAUAGAUGUGAUUCCGCUGAACAAAAUCGUGGGUCGUCGGAUAGAGCCUAAAAAAGAAGACCGGGCGAGGGAGUAUGGAAGUAUUCCUCUAAUAGAAGCAGUGAACUAUCCAGCAGAGAUUAAAAAGGCCUUGGAGUAUUUACUAGGAGGCUAUAUUUUAAGUAAAGAAAGGUCUACUGCUAUUAAGCUAAGAGACGCCGAGGGCAUUACUUCAGUUACUGUAGACGGCGAGCUAUUUGAUAAAAGAGGAACAAUCACUGGAGGAAGCAUAGACAGGAACAAGUAUCGCUUCAACAAAACAACAAAGAAGGCUGAUCUUCUUACUCUUCAAAAAGAAGAGAAAUUAGCACGGGCCAUUAUACAGCAAUGCUCAUUCAAAGAGCUUUCAGAAAGCCAAGAGUAUCUUAAGCUGCUUGCCCAUGAACAAGAACUUCUCAAACACGCUGCUCAGACAAAAGCAGAGAUAGAUGCACUGGGCAGGGAAACGGUGCAGGAAGAUGAGAUAAAGGGGCUUACACAAAAGAUCCAUCGCCUUACUGAAGUGAAGAACAGCUUGUCUGCUAAGUAUGCAGAGAAAGAAAAAAAUGCAGAAAGGCUUAAGGAAAUAUCUGAGAAACUGAAAGAAGCAAAGAAGAGAGAGGAGCAGUUGAAAGAAGAAAUCAAAAGAGACGAAGCAUUAAAGUUUGAAGGCAUAAAAAACAAUGAAGUGAAUCGAGCAAGAAGGUCUAUUCAGAUAAAAGAAAGAAGAAGAAUAGAAAUGGAUAUUGACCAAAUCAAAAAAGAAAAAAUUAAGCACGAAAUACGGUACAAGAAAAUAGAAAAUGUCACACUAGGCGACAGAAAAGCAAGAAGUAAAAAGACAAAAGCUGAAUUAGAAACCGAGCUUCUGCAAAUUCAGGAAGAGUUGAAUUAUAUCCGAACCAUCCCAAGAAAGGAUAUAAACAAAAAAAACAUUGAAAUACUGCAGAAGAAUGAGGAAAUUGAGCUGGAGCUGAAAGAAAGAAUCAAAAAGCUUCAAAUCGACAAAGAAACAAUUGAAGAGUCUUUGAAGAAGUUAAAUACUGCAGAGACUGAAACUAUAGAAGAAAUCUUUCAUUCUGUUAACAAAAGAAUCGGACGGUAUAUUAAAUACUUCAUUCCAAAUGCUGAUGCAAAGCUAGAGAGUGUUAAUGGGUCUGUGAUGCACGGGGUAGAAUUGCAUGUAAAGAUAGGCACAUGGAAGAAAGGUCUUACUGAACUGAGUGGUGGGCAGAGAUCUCUCUGUGCACUCAGCUUGAUAUUUGCCCUUCUUAAAACAAAGCCGUCUCCAUUAUACAUUCUUGAUGAGAUCGAUGCAGCUCUUGAUGCAUCACACACUGAAGCCAUGGGGCGCAUGAUACAGAAUGAGUUUGUUGGAUCGCAGUUUGUCGUGGUGUCUCUGAAAGAUGGAAUGUAUCACAAUGCAAAUGUUCUGUUCCAGACAUACAUUAGAGAGGGAACAUCUGGAGUGAGAAGAAUGUAAACUGCUAUAUCUUAGUGUUUUAUAACAAUGGUCUGUAUAAAUAUUCAUUCUGUGCUUUUUAGACUAGCCCUGCUAUGUAUAUUCAUACUAUUACAGACCUCUAAUAUUUUUACUAAAGCUUAUAAUACAUCCCCUCUGUAUAGUAUACACUAUGUUGUAUUAUAAGAGCAUGUACUUUACUCUAUAUCAGUACUUAUCUUACACCAGAACAUCUCUAUGCAUGAAUUCCUUACUAUGCUAAGAGUGGUACUAUAUUUGCUUCAUAUGUGGCUUAUGGGGUUCUUUAUCGUAUAAAU